GGAGCAAUUGCAGCAGGAAGGAGUUUCAUCUUUGGAAUUUCAGAAAACAGAUCAAGAACACGAGGAGAAGGGGGGGAAAAAAAACAACAACAACAACAACAACAAAUGGAGUUCAACAUCCUUGCCGUUAUGAAGCAACGAGAUAUAAAAUCUGAAGGUGGAGAUGUGCUUAAUGCAGUACUUCCAUUGUUAAAGCUCCUCUCUCUUGCUGUGAUUGGCUUGCUUAUUGCCCACCCAAAAAUCCAACUUGUCCCAAAAGCAACUCUCAAGCUUCUAAGCAAACUUGUCUUUGCUCUGUUUUUGCCCUGCCUCAUUUUCACCAACCUCGGUCCAUCCAUUACUCUCAAGAAUUUAACCCUCUGGUGGUUCAUCCCUGUCAAUGUUCUCCUCAUCACUACCAUUGGCUGCAUAUUGGGAUUGCUGGUGGCCAUCAUUUGCCGUCCGCCACCUCAAUAUUACCGGUUCACCGUCAUCAUGACGGCGUUCGAGAACACGGGUAAUCUCCCUCUAUCCAUUGUUACAUCUGUGUGCCACAGCCAGGACAACCCAUUUGGUCCAAAACGCCAUGUCUCUGGUGUGGCUUAUGUUGCUUUCUCUCAAUGGGCCUCUGCUAUCCUUGUUUACACCCUUGUUUACCAUAUGAUGGAGCCGCCAUUGGAAUACUACGAAAUCAUCGAGGAAAAUGCUCAGAUUGAGAUUGAGGAAUUGUCUGUUAAUGAUCUUAGCGGGCCACUCCUUGUUGAAGCUGAAUGGCCUGGAAUGGAAGACAACGAAACUGAACACUGCAAGACACCCUUUAUAGCCAGGCUUUUCAAUGACAUCUCAGGUGUUUCAAAUAUGAAUAACCCAGAAUUCGAAUCCUCGGACGACGAAAGUCCGGGUUGUAAUACUGAAUCCAUUAGAUGUUUGGCAGAGCCUAAGAUGGUGAGAAAGAUAAGGAUAGUUGCGGAAAGCACUCCAAUCAGCCACAUUCUUCAGCCUCCGAUAAUUAUUCCUCUGUUGGCCAUUGUCAUCAGAGUAUUUCCCGGGUUGAAAGCAUUUGUUUUCGGAGCUGAUGCUGUGCUUUCUUUCAUAACGGAUAGUCUAGCGAUUCUAGCAGAUGCAAUGGUGCCUUCUGCUAUGGUUGUUCUUGGAGGAAUGCUUGCCGAGGGACCAAAUGAAUCUAAUCUUGGAGUAAGGACAACAAUUGGUAUCAUUGUUGCAAGGCUUUUGGUGCUUCCUUUGGUUGGAAUUGGAGUGGUACUUUUGGCUGACAGAUGGAAUUUGUUGGUACCUGGUGACCAAUUAUAUAAACUUGUUCUUUUGUUGCAAUACACAACGCCAAGUGCUAUAUUGUUGGGAGCAAUUGUAAGGCUAAGGGGUUAUGCAGUGAGAGAAGCUUCAGCACUGCUGUUCUGGCAGCAUGUUUUUGCUGUUUUCUCUCUUUCAUUGUAUAUAAUUCUUUACUUUAAAAUAUUGCUAGCUUAUAUUUAA